AUGCCGAAAUUAUUACGACGUCGUCCUCAUUCUCGCAACGCGCAGAUUUCGUUGCGACGUUCACGUUUACUCGACAAAGCUUUUGAUCACAAAGCAAAAUUAUUUGCAAUUGAACGUUCUCUUAAUAAAUCAGCUGAUUUUAUAGUAUGGGAUUUAGCUAAUUUUGUGGAUCAAAAAUAUUAUGAAUUAACAAAUACAACUAAAGAUAAGAAUGCUAAUUUUGUUCAAUCUAUACAAUUGUAUCAUUUAGAUCUACGACACUGGGGAUUUCGCUUUGAUUCAAAUUCAGAGAGACCCUAUUUUAAAGGGCACGAGCGGCCAGAAAUAAUUACUCAUUGCGAAACUUUAAUCAAAUAUUUUCUCGAGAAGAAAGAUCAUUUUUACACAAUAUCUAAUGAUGAAAAUCCUUUAUGA